AGCCCUAGAAUUCGAAUAGCAGAUCUGCAAAACCAUCUCAAGGAAGGCGUCUUCAUAAACGCCUCCACUUUUUGUUCUUGUUCUUCCUCAUCGCAACUUUUCUUUCGCCGGAACUGGUUUUGUUUCCUUCUCGAGAUCAAAGAUGAGAGAGUGCAUUUCGAUCCACAUCGGUCAGGCUGGUAUUCAGGUCGGCAAUGCCUGUUGGGAGCUUUAUUGUCUCGAACAUGGCAUCCAGCCUGAUGGCCAAAUGCCGAGUGACAAGACUGUCGGUGGAGGUGAUGAUGCUUUCAACACCUUCUUCAGCGAAACAGGUGCAGGGAAGCAUGUUCCCCGUGCUGUGUUUGUGGAUCUCGAGCCCACUGUGAUUGAUGAGGUCAGGACCGGUACUUACCGUCAGCUUUUCCACCCUGAGCAACUCAUCAGCGGCAAAGAGGAUGCUGCUAACAACUUCGCCCGUGGCCACUACACCAUCGGCAAGGAGAUUGUUGACCUUUGUCUUGACCGUAUCAGGAAGCUUGCUGAUAACUGCACUGGUCUCCAGGGUUUCCUUGUCUUCCAUGCUGUCGGAGGAGGGACUGGCUCGGGUCUUGGAUCCCUUCUCCUCGAGCGUCUUUCUGUUGACUAUGGAAAAAAAUCCAAACUUGGUUUUACUGUGUACCCAUCUCCACAGGUUUCAACCUCUGUUGUUGAGCCGUACAACAGUGUACUUUCCACUCACUCUCUCUUGGAACACACUGAUGUUGCUGUCCUUCUCGACAAUGAGGCAAUCUAUGACAUCUGCAGGCGCUCUCUCAACAUCGAGAGGCCAACCUACACCAACCUCAAUCGCCUUGUCUCUCAGGUGAUUUCUUCCCUGACUGCUUCUCUGAGGUUUGAUGGUGCCUUGAACGUCGAUGUCAACGAAUUCCAGACCAACUUGGUCCCAUACCCGAGAAUCCACUUCAUGCUUUCCUCUUAUGCCCCUGUUAUCUCUGCGGAGAAAGCCUACCAUGAGCAACUCUCGGUGGCCGAGAUCACCAACAGCGCAUUUGAGCCCGCGUCUAUGAUGGCAAAGUGUGACCCACGCCAUGGCAAGUACAUGGCCUGCUGCCUGAUGUACCGUGGAGAUGUUGUCCCUAAAGAUGUGAACGCUGCUGUUUCCACCAUCAAGACAAAGCGCACCAUCCAGUUCGUGGACUGGUGCCCGACUGGAUUUAAGUGCGGUAUCAACUACCAGCCUCCAACCGUUGUUCCGGGGGGUGAUCUUGCGAAGGUGCAGAGAGCAGUGUGCAUGAUCUCGAACUCCACCAGUGUGGCUGAGGUCUUCUCCCGCAUCGACUACAAGUUUGACCUCAUGUACGCAAAGCGUGCAUUUGUCCACUGGUACGUGGGCGAGGGUAUGGAAGAAGGGGAAUUCUCUGAGGCUCGUGAGGAUCUGGCUGCAUUGGAGAAGGACUAUGAGGAAGUUGGAGCUGAAGGCGGUGAGGACGAUGAGGAAGAAGGCGAGGAGUACUGAGAGAGGAGGAAAAAAAACACCGUUGAAACUGUUUUUCUGUUGUCUACUUUGUGAAACCGUUAUGUCUCUUUUUAUCUUCUACUCGGUCUGGAUUUCUUGACUCUCUGGUGUUCCAAGUGUUUGUUUCUGGGAAACUUUGGUGUCAUUCUUAGUGUUAUCAUAACUAUGUUAUGUCCGGUGGCCA